AUCACAAAAUUAAAUUCAACGAGAAAGAUCGAAAAAUUCGAACCAGACCGGUUACUUAAAACUGAAAUCGCCCACCAAACUCUAAUCUCUCUCUCUCUCUCUCUAUCCGAUUCAAACACUUGAACCUCACUGCGACCCAAUCCAACCAACCCCCCAAAGAUUUCGUGAUUAGAGUUGAAGUUCGAACCUCAUGGCGCGGAUAAAGCCGCAGGCGCUGUUACUUCAGAGCAAGAAGAAGAAGGGGCCGACUCGAAUCAGUAUCACCACCAUAGUUAUGUGCAAUUUAAUCAUCGCCUUGGCUGCCUUGUCGUUAGUCGCCACUUAUCGCUAUUGGUUCCGAAGGUCGCUGGACCAAUCUGGGUCGGAGUUAUCUAAUCGAGAGGAUUUUGAUGGGUUUGGAAAGAAGGGCGAUCUUCCCGGUUAUGCUAUUCUAAAUACACCAAAAGGUCCUAUCACGGUGGAACUUUUCAAGGAUGGUUCUCCAGAGGUCGUGGAUAGAUUUAUUGACUUAUGUCAAAAGGGACACUUCAAGGGGAUGUCGUUCAGUCACGUGAUCAAGCACUAUAUAAUCAAAGGGGGUGGUUCCCAAGGACUUGGAGCUGCUGAAGAUUGGAUAUCAAAAGGGAAGCUUCGUAGUCAACUUGUUACGAGUCCGAAGCAUGAAGCUUUUAUGCUUGGAACUACGAAGGCUAGACCAGACAACAAAGAAUUUGAGCUUGUUAUCACAACUGCACCAAUACCAGAUUUAAAUGAUAAGCUAAUUGUAUUCGGACGGGUCAUCAAAGGAGAGGAAGUGGUACAGGAAAUUGAAGAGGUCGAUACAGAUGAACAUUAUCGGCCUAAAUCAUCUGUAGGGAUCACCGGCGUGAUUCUGAAACAUGAGAUCUAAGGGCAACUCAAUUCUAAUGUGAAGUAUACAUGCACAGCAUCGUUGCUGGUUUGAGCGUCGUCUUGCUGGACUGCUCUUGCAUUGUUUGUGACAGUACAUCAUUUAGGUUUCUGAUGUUCCCAUCCGAUUUUUCCUCCUCUCUCGAUUUGGGUUGUAAUUUGCAGUGGGGAGGGGGGAGUUUUGAUACUUUUUUUUUCUAGGUACAGAUUCCAUAUGUGGGGUGGACAAAAUACGACAAUGCAGCUAAAUCUGAUAUGCGAGUUUGUUGUGGUAA